UGCCAGUUGCCGGUCCUGCUGCUGCUCCUGGGGGCGGCGCGGGUGGGAGCCCUGGAGAUCCAGCGGCGGUUCCCCUCGCCCACGCCCACCAACAACUUCGCCCUGGACGGCGCGGCGGGGACGGUGUACCUGGCGGCCGUCAACCGCCUCUACCAGCUGUCGGGCGCCAACCUGAGCCUGGAGGCCGAGGCGGCCGUGGGGCCGGUGGCCGAUAGCCCCCUGUGUCACGCCCCGCAGCUGCCCCAGGCUUCGUGCGAGCACCCGCGGCGCCUCACCGACAACUACAACAAGAUCCUGCAACUGGACCCUGGCCAGGGGCUGGUGGUCGUGUGCGGUUCCAUCUACCAGGGCUUCUGCCAGCUGCGCCGCCGGGGCAACAUCUCAGCCGUGGCAGUGCACUUCCCGCCCGCCGCGCCGCCGGCUGAGCCCGUCACCGUGUUCCCGAGCAUGCUGAACGUGGCGGCCAACCACCCGAACGCGUCCACCGUGGGGCUGGUGCUGCCACCGGCCGCCGGCGCGGGAGGCAGCCGCCUGCUGGUGGGCGCCACGUACACCGGCUACGGCAGCGCCUUCUUCCCGCGCAAUCGCAGCCUGGAGGACCACCGCUUCGAGAACACACCCGAGAUCGCCAUACGCUCUCUGGAUGCGCGCGGCGACCUGGCCAAGCUCUUCACCUUCGACCUCAACCCCUCCGACGACAAUAUCCUCAAGAUCAAGCAGGGCGCCAAAGAACAGCACAAGCUGGGCUUCGUGCGCGCCUUCCUGCACCCGCCCGACCCGCCGCCGAGCGCACCGUCCUACGCGUACCUGGCGCUCAACAGCGAGGCGCGCGCGGGCGACAAGGAGAGCCAGGCGCGGAGCCUACUGGCGCGCAUCUGCUUGCCCCGCGGCGCCGGCGGCGACGCCAAGAAGCUCACGGAGUCCUACAUCCAGCUGGGCUUGCAGUGCGCGGGCGGCGCGGGCCGCGGCGACCUCUACAGCCGCCUGGUGUCCGUCUUCCCCGCACGUGAGCUGCUCUUUGCAGUCUUCGAGAGGCCCCAGGGGGCCCCCGCGGUCCGGGCGGCUCCCGCGGCGCUCUGCGCCUUUCGCUUCGCGGACGUGCGAGCUGCUAUCCGCGCCGCGCGCACUGCCUGCUUCGUGGAGCCCGCACCCGACGUGGUGGCGGUGCUGGACAGUGUGGUGCAGGGCACCGGGCCAGCCUGCGAGCCCAAGCGCAAUAUCCAGCUGCAGCAGGAGCAGCUGGACUGUGGUGCCGCCCACCUGCAGCACCCGCUGUCCAUCCUGCGGCCCCUAAAGGCCACGCCCGUGUUCCGAGCCCCAGGCCUCACCUCCGUGGCCGUGGCCAGCGUCAACAACUACACUGCCGUCUUCCUGGGCACGGUCAAUGGGAGGCUUCUCAAGAUCAGUCUGAACGAGAGCAUGCAGGUGGUGAGCAGGCGGGUGGUGACGGUGGCCUAUGGGGAGCCUGUGCACCACAUCAUGCAGUUUGACCCAGCAGACCCUGGUUACCUUUAUCUGAUGACGUCCCAUCAGAUGGCCAGGGUGAAGGUUGCUGCUUGCAAUGUGUACGCCACCUGUGGGGACUGUGUGGGUGCGGCGGACGCCUACUGUGGAUGGUGCGCCCUGGAGACACGGUGCACCCUGCAGCAGGACUGUGCCAACUCCAGCCAGCAGCAUUUCUGGACCAGCGCCAGCGAGGGUCCCGGCCUCUGUCCCUCCAUGACUGUCCUGCCUGCUGACAUUGAUGUGCACCGAGAAUACCCAGGCAUGAUCCUGCAGAUCUCCGGCAGCCUGCCCAGCCUCAGCGGCAUGGAGAUGGCCUGUGACUACGGGAACAACUUCCGCACCGUGGCCCGGGUGCCUGGGCCUGCCUUCGGCCAUCAGAUCGGCCAUCAGAUCGCCUACUGCAACCUCCUGCCAAGGGACCGGUUCCCACCCUUCCCACCCCACCGUGACCAUGUGACCGUGGAGAUGUCUCUGAGGGUCAACGGGCGGAACAUCGUUGGAGCCAAUUUCACCAUCUAUGACUGUAGCCGCAUGGGACAAGUGUACCCCCACACAGCCUGCACCAGCUGCCUAUCAACACAGUGGCCUUGUUUCUGGUGUACCAAGAAGCACACCUGUGUCUCCAACCAGUCUCGGUGCGAGGCCUCACCAAACCCCAUGAGACCCCAGGACUGCCCCCAGACCCUGCCUUCACCCCUGGCACCCGUACCCACUGGCGGCUCCCAGGACAUCCUAGUGCCUCUGGCCAAUGCUGCCUUUUUCCAAGGUUCAGCCCUAGAGUGUAGCUUUGGGCUGGAGGAGAUCUUCGAGGCUGUAUGGGAAAAUGAGUCUGUUGUACGCUGCAACCAAGUGGUGCUGCACACAGCCCAGAAGAGCCAGGUGUUUCCACUCAGCCUACAACUAAAGGGGUGGCCAGCCCGAUUCCUGGACAGCCCUGACCCCAUGACAGUUGUGGUCUACAACUGUGCCAUGGGCAGCCCCGACUGUUCCCAGUGCCUGGGCCGUGAGGACCAGGGUCAUCUGUGCAUGUGGAGUGAUGGCUGCCGCCUGCGGGGCCCCAUGCAGCCCCUGCCUGGCGCCUGCCCUGCCCCAGAGAUCCGUGAGAUUGAGCCCCUGAGUGGCCCCCUGGAUGGAGGGACCCUGCUGACCAUCCGUGGCAGGAACCUGGGCAGGCGACUUAGUGACGUGGCCCAUGGCGUGUGGAUCGGCAGCGUGGCCUGUGAGCCGCUGGCCGACAGAUACAUGGUGUCCGAGGAGAUCGUGUGUGCCACAGGGCCAGCCCCAGGGCUGUUUUCAGAUGUGGUGACAGUGAACGCCUCCAAGGAGGGCAGGUCUCGGGAGCGCUUCUCCUACGUGCUGCCCCUGGUCAACUCCCUGGAGCCUGCCAUGGGCCCCCAGGCAGGCGGCACCAGGAUCACCAUCCAUGGGAGUGACCUCCAUGUGGGCUCGGAGCUCCAGGUCCUAGUCAAUGGCACAGACCCCUGCACAGAGCUCAUGCGCAGGGACAGCAGCAUCACCUGCACCAUGCCUGCGGGGGCCCUGCCAGCCGCCGUGCCCGUUUGCGUGCGCUUCGAGCACCGGGGCUGUGUGCACGGCAACCUCACCUUCUGGUACAUGCAGAACCCGGUCAUCACGGCCAUCAGUCCCCGUCGCAGCCCUGUCAGCGGUGGCAGGACCAUCACGGUGGCUGGCGAGCGUUUCCACAUGGUGCAGAAUGUGUCCAUGGCCGUACACCACAUUGGCCGGGAGCCCACGCUCUGCAAGGUUCUCAACUCCACCCUCAUCACUUGCCCAUCUCCUGGGGCCCUGAGCAAUGCGUCAGCACCCGUGGACUUCUUCAUCAAUGGCCGGGCCUAUGCGGACGAGGUGGCUGUGGCCGAGGAGCUGCUGGAGCCUGAGGAGGCGCAGCGGGGCAGCAGGUUCCGCCUGGACUACCUCCCCAACCCGCAGUUCUCCACAGCCAAGAGGGAGAAGUGGAUCAAGCACCACCCCGGGGAGCCUCUCACCCUGGUCAUCCAUAAGGAGCAGGACAGCCUGGGGCUCCAGAGUCAUGAGUACCGCGUCAAGAUUGGCCAAGUGGCCUGUGACAUCCAGAUCGUCUCAGAUAGAGUCAUCCACUGCUCAGUCAACGAGUCCCUGGGAGCCACCGAGGGGCAGCUGCCCAUCACAAUCCAGGUAGGAAACUUUAACCAGACCAUUGCCACACUGCAGCUGGGGGGCAGCGAGACGGCCAUCAUCGUGUCCAUCGUCAUCUGUAGCGUCCUGCUGCUGCUCUCCGUGGUGGCGCUGUUUGUCUUCUGCACCAAGAGCCGCCGUGCAGAGCGCUACUGGCAGAAGACCCUGCUGCAGAUGGAGGAGAUGGAAUCUCAGAUCCGCGAGGAAAUCCGCAAAGGCUUUGCCGAGCUGCAGACGGAUAUGACAGACUUGACCAAGGAGCUGAACCGCAGCCAGGGCAUCCCCUUCCUGGAGUAUAAGCACUUCGUGACCCGAACCUUCUUCCCCAAGUGUUCUUCCCUCUACGAAGAGAGCUAUGUACUGCCCUCCCAGACCCGCAACUCCCAGGGCAGCUCCCCGGUGCAGGAGACCCACCCACUGCUGGGAGAGUGGAAGAUUCCUGAGAGCUGCCGGCCCAACAUGGAAGAGGGUAUCAGCCUGUUCUCCUCACUGCUCAACAACAAGCACUUCCUCAUCAUCUUCGUCCAUGCACUGGAACAGCAGAAGGACUUUGCGGUGCGCGACAGGUGCAGCCUGGCAUCCCUGCUGACAAUUGCACUCCAUGGCAAGCUGGAGUACUACACCAGCAUCAUGAAGGAGCUGCUGGUGGACCUCAUCGACGCCUCUGCUGCCAAGAACCCCAAGCUCAUGCUGCGGCGCACAGAGUCCGUGGUGGAGAAGAUGCUGACCAACUGGAUGUCCAUCUGCAUGUACAGCUGUCUGCGGGAGACAGUGGGGGAGCCGUUCUUCCUGCUCCUGUGUGCCAUCAAACAGCAGAUCAACAAGGGCUCCAUCGACGCCAUCACUGGCAAGGCCCGCUACACGCUCAAUGAGGAGUGGCUGCUGCGGGAGAACAUCGAGGCCAAGCCCCGGAACCUGAACGUGUCCUUCCAGGGCUGCGGCAUGGACUCACUGAGCGUGCGGGCCAUGGACACCGACACACUGACGCAGGUGAAGGAGAAGAUCCUGGAAGCCUUCUGCAAGAACGUGCCCUACUCCCAGUGGCCUCGUGCAGAGGAUGUUGACCUCGAGUGGUUUGCCUCCAGCACACAGAGCUACAUCCUGCGGGACCUGGAUGACACCUCGGUGGUGGAAGAUGGCCGCAAGAAGCUUAACACUCUGGCCCACUACAAGAUCCCUGAAGGUGCCUCCUUGGCCAUGAGCCUCAUAGACAAGAAGGACAACACGCUGAGCAGAGUGAAGGACUUGGACACAGAGAAGUAUUUCCAUUUGGUGCUGCCCACGGAUGAGUUGGCCGAGCCCAAAAAGUCCCACCGGCAAAGCCACCGCAAGAAGGUGCUCCCAGAAAUCUACCUGACACGUCUGCUGUCCACCAAGGGCACGCUGCAGAAAUUUCUGGAUGACCUGUUCAAGGCCAUUCUGAGCAUCCGGGAAGACAAGCCCCCACUGGCUGUCAAGUACUUCUUCGACUUCCUGGAGGAACAGGCUGAGAAGAGGGGAAUCUCAGACCCUGACACCCUGCACAUCUGGAAGACCAACAGCCUUCCUCUCCGGUUCUGGGUAAACAUCCUGAAGAACCCCCAGUUUGUCUUCGACAUUGACAAGACGGACCACAUCGAUGCCUGCCUCUCCGUCAUCGCACAGGCCUUCAUUGACGCCUGCUCCAUCUCUGACCUGCAGCUGGGCAAGGAUUCCCCGACCAAUAAGCUCCUAUAUGCCAAGGAGAUUCCUGAGUACCGCAAGAUCGUGCAGCGCUACUACAAGCAGAUCCAGGACAUGGCCCCGCUCAGCGAGCAGGAGAUGAACGCCCAUCUGGCCGAGGAGUCGCGGAAAUACCAGAAUGAGUUCAAUACCAAUGUGGCCAUGGCAGAGAUUUAUAAAUAUGCCAAAAGGUAUCGCCCUCAGAUCAUGGCUGCCUUGGAGGCCAAUCCCACGGCCCGGAGGACACAGCUGCAGCACAAGUUUGAGCAGGUGGUGGCUCUGAUGGAAGACAACAUCUAUGAGUGUUACAGCGAGGCCUGAGACGCACGGGCAAGAGCCUGUCAGCACUGCUGCGGGGGAAACAGGGUACCCGCCGGACCUGGGCUUGAUCUUAUGCCUAGUGUCCCUGCUUCUGGCUGGGAAAUGGCUGGGGCAGGGGAUGAAGGAGGGGCCACUCUGAGCCAAGCAGAGGAGCCCUGGCCCUGGCCCUUGGGCACCUCUGUCCCCUCCCACUUGCCCCCAGAUCGCCUCUAGGAUGGGGGCCAUGAAUGCCAUAGCCAGUGCCUGGUAAGGCUCCCGUCUGCCCAGCUCAGCCUGGACUGUGCCCACCACUCACUCUGCUGAGAAAGCCCUGCCCAUCCGGGUGGCCCAGCACAAAUCCGGGCAGAGGAGGGCCCCUGGGGAGACUGCAGCCCAGAAACACUACCUCAUCCAAACUGGUGCAGGGCGCCUCCUUGAACAGCCCUCGGUUAGUUUCUGCUUCAGCCACCAAAAAGUUAUCUCUGUUUCCCCUCACCUGAGAGGACCUUGACCACAGACAGAUUCAGCGUUUGAUUUUUGCUGCGGGAGCAGCUACUGGUAGAGUGGGCCGUGCCCGCUGGCCACAGGUGGGCCCUGUGGGCUUCUCCCUGAGUGGGCAGGGGCCGAAGAGAGGGGACAAGUGCUGGAGCUUCCGGCCCCACUGAAAGGAGAGGGGCUUCCCAGGCACCAAGGCUGUAGCUGGGCUACUCAGUCUUGCUGGAAGUGUUUCUAAAGAUAGCACCACUUUUUUGUUGUUUUUAAAAAAGCUUUUAUAUAUUAAAAAACUUAUGCGCCAACUGUGAAUAGCUGCCGCUUGUGCAGAGGACCUGGGGAGGGGUCCUGAGAGGCUCCCAAUGCAACACUGGAAACGACUGUUCCAGAGACGGGCAGACCUGGCAGAGACCCCCCUUAGUGCCCUGAGCCAUCGCCAGUUCCGUCAGAAGCAACCUUCUGUGGCUGCUCCAGCCAUUCAGCCCCUGCGCAGCAGAAACAGCCAGAGCUGGGAUUGGCUGGAGGGGGGUGGCCAGGACUCUCUGGAAUCUUCUUUAUAAUAAAAGCCUGACGGGAAAACCUAC